AUGUUGCGGCUAUAUUAUUAAGCUUUCAGCAAAUUAAUCAAAGUAGAUCAUUUAGCAAUGACUCCACAUCAAUAUUGGAUUGCAGCUGGCAAAGGGAUGGAACGACCAUAUACUGGAGAAUAUUGGUUUAAUCAAGAAGUUGGUACCUAUCAUUGUAAACAUUGCGAGAAUUAAUUAUUUUCAUUUGACACUAAAUACAAAUCAACUACAGGGUAUGCAUAAUUUUGGAAUCACAUUCCUAACAGUGUCAAAUUAGAGGAAUCCAAUGUUAAAGAAGAAAGAGACCUAUGUUGUGCAGGAUGUGAUAGCUUCGUUGGAAAGGUCUCUUUCGAUGGACCUCCUCCAACAUUCAUCAAAUAUAGUAUUAAUUCAGCUGCCUUAAAUUUCAAAUUGAAACCCUUCUAGGAAGACCCUUACUUUAGAAAAAUUGCGAGAAAAGAAUAAUAGGCUUAACGUUCUAAAAAAGUGGAGCACAAUUAUUUAGAAAGCAACAAAAAUUUGUGAUUUAUAUAUUAAUCAAAAUAUUAUAUAGAGUAAUAAGAUUUAUGCAUUA